AUGAACGAGCCUGGGCUGGAGAGAGUGUCAUCUAACUACGUAUCGAACUAUUCUACAGAUCUCUUUCCAGUCAGCAGUUCGCUUGAUUCGUCGCUGAAGAAGAAUACGGCCUUUAUCAAGCGUCUCCGAACAGGAAUCAAUGCCUCAGUCCUGCAAACCUUCUUGACCGAUAUCCGCACUUUGUCGCUCCACAAGUACCUUUCCGAGAUUAUCUCCGCAUGCUAUGAGGGUCUCUGCAAACUUAAAUCCCCGGGGGAGAUCGCCGCGGGCGUGGAAGUCACAAGCGCAUUGCAUCAGCGAUUCGGACCGGACGAGUUCACGAGGCAGAUCGGUUGGCUGCUAGGUCGCGGCCUCAGCACACCUGACAAGUCGCAGCUCAGAACCCUCAGCCAGGAGUUGCGCGAGCGUGAAGAGAAAGAGAGGCUCUCCAGACAUCGGGUGCUGCUUAGGGUGGUCACGGAGCUAUGGCUUGUCGGAGUUCUGAGGACCCUGGAUGACAUCGAGAGACCGGAUGACCUGGGCGCCAAGGGCAAGGAUGGUGUAGUCAGUAUCGGUGGAAAGGCAACAGACGCCGUGUCGAAGCCUAAGGCGACGCCGUCUGCAGCCAAAGAUCAAGACAAAGAAGCCGAGCCGUUCCCUCUGGAGGUCUUGAAAGACCUUCUUGGUCACGAUCGCGAGCAUGCCAAUCUGCCACUUGCCGUGUUAUUUGCCAAGAGCUUUAGUUGGGAUAUUCUAGGAGCGAAUAUGGUUGACGAAAACCGGAAGACGGUUGAUGUGGAUGGGACCACGACCUCUGUUGCUCCCGCAGAGACAGUGAAUGGCGGAGACGAUGCGACGGCCGCCGAGAACGACCCGCCGCUUGUGCCAGACAAAAUGCAGCUUCGCUUCAGGAGUAUUCUGAGCCGGUAUUUGGAAGAUGUCAAGGCGCACGUCGUUCGCGACCAGAGAGCAUUGGCAGCCCAGAGUCGUCGAAAUGCGGAAGCCUACGUUAAGAGUGGCGAGAUAUUCGAGGACCGUCAAGCGAAUUUUGACAAGCAGAGCAAAUCAUUGGAGAAACUGGUUGCAAACACCCAGGUGUUAUGCGAGGUCCUAGGGGUGGAAAUGCCAGCCUUGGCCGAGCAGGAAGCGGCUGAUUCUGCUUCGAGUGGUGGAAUCGGGCUUGUGAAGACUUCGGAAUACCUGCGUGGCCAGGGUGAAGGUCCCGGUAUUUGGGAGGAUGAAGAGGAACGGCGCUUUUAUGAAAAUUUGGUUGAUCUCAAAGGCAAGGUACCGUCGGUUCUGCUUGAGGAUGGCAAGAAGAAAAAGUCCGACACCGACGAUGCUGCAAAGAAAAAGACAGACGGCGAAGCUACCCCCGACUCGAGCGCAGAGAAGCCUGAAAACGCGAGCCAAACACCAACACCGGAAGAGAAGUCUGCUGCGGAGGCGGAAGAUCAGUCCAUCGCUAUCGCCAGCAAGACCGUUGGGGCUCAGGUAGAUGCUCUCUUGGCUAGACUCCCCGAACUUCAAACAAAAGACCAAGUUGAUCAGCUGGCACUCGAGUUCUGCUUUCUCAACUCCAAGGCGUCGAGGAACAGGCUCAUCAAGGCUGUGUCAGAUGUCCCAAAGGGUCGAGUCGAUCUUUUGCCACUGUAUUCUCGACUGGUUGCAACCCUCGGACAGUAUCUUCAGGAUAUUCCUCAAGGUUUAAUAACUUACCUCGACGAAGAGUUUCGCAGUCUUCAACGUCGGAAGUCCAAAGAAUUCCUCGGCCAGGUUCGGAUGACCAAUAUCCGUUAUUUCGCAGAGUUGACGAAAUUCGGUGUUGUUCCGGAGCAUAUCAUCUUUCACUGUUUCAAGGUUUCCCUCGAUGACUUUUCACGCAUGAACAUUGAGAUUAUUGGCCAUCUGCUCGAAAACUGCGGACGCUACCUGCUUCGGAAUCCAGAAACAUCCCCGCGGAUGGCUUCGUUCUUGGAGAAGCUCGGCAGGAAGAAGACAGUCCAACAUCUGGGUCAGCAAGAAAGAAUGAUUAUCGAGAACGCAAUGUACUAUGUCGACCCGCCGCCGCGACCUGCUAUUCAACAAAAGGAGCGCACGCCUAUGGAAUCCUACAUCCGCAAGCUGAUUUACCUGGACAUGAACAAGCGUAAUUACACCAAGAUUUUGAAGUCAAUUCGAAAACUCCACUGGGAAGAACAAGAUGUGGUCGAUAUCUUGGAGCGUGUCUUCAGUAAGCCGGUCAAGGUCAAAUACGGCAAUAUCCACCUUCUCGCUAUUCUUGUCAGUGCACUUUACAGGUAUCACCAGGACUUCGUGAUUAGUGUUGUAGACAACAUCCUUGAGCAGAUCACGCUGGGACUCGAACAGAACGAUUUCAAGUUCAACCAGAAGCGUGUAGCUGAAGUGAAAUACCUCGGGGAGUUGUACAACUACAAAAUGAUCGACUCACCCGUGGUCUUUGAUACGUUGUACCGGAUUGUCACUUUUGGAUACGAAGGUGGAACUCCAAUCCCUGGGAAACUCAACCUACUAGAUCUACCAGACGAUUUCUUCCGAAUUCGCCUGGUCUGCACUCUGCUGGACACUUGUGGCCACUGUUUUGAUCGUGGAUCUGCUAAGAAGAAGUUGGAUUUCUUCUUGAUCUUCUUUCAGUACUAUUAUCUUACAAAGGACCCUUUGCCUAUGGACGUCGAAUUUUUGAUACAGGACACCUUCGCUAUGGCUCGUCCCCAAUGGAAGUUGAUAACUGAUUUGCAGGAGGCCACGCAGCUGUUCAGUGAUGCAGUCGCUCAGAACUACAAGACUCAGGAUUCUGAGAGGCCUAUGGAGCCGGACGAAGAUGAUGCCGAAAGCAGCUCGUCUGAUGACGGUCUCGAGGAUGACGCGAUUCCCGAGGCUGAAGAAGAACAAGAGUCGAGCGAUGAAGCUGAAGUCUCUGGCCCCAAUGCCGAGCAAGAUACUGAUAGUGAAUCCGAGGACGAGCAGAUCUUUGUCACUCGUCAGGAGGAGGAGCGUGAUCCAGAAGUCGAGGCUGAGUUUGAGCGCGAGUUCGAGAAAAUGAUGGCAGAGAGUAUGGAGUCCAGACGAUUCGAACGCAAGGCUGUGUUUGAUAUCCCUCUUCCCAUGAGGCGCGCUGGCCGUGAGGCUUCGGCGGGUGAUGUAGUGAAUGAAGCGCCUCCCGAGCGAACCAAUACAAUGGCCUUCUCUUUGAUGACAAAGAAGGGAAACAAGCAGCAGACUCGUACAAUUGAUCUCCCAUCCGACUCUAGCUUUGCAAUUGCCAUGAAGAGUCAGCAGCAAGCGGAUCGUGAAGAGCAGCAACGCAUCAAGAACUUGGUGCUCAAUUACGAAAUGACCAACGAGGCUGAAAACAACACUGAAGUGGUUGAAAAGCGUACCCCUCCGAAGCUCGACAAGCCUGGCUCGAACCGCACAGCUUUCAGAUCCAGAAAGCUCCAACUCAGCGAUGUCAAUUGGUAG